CCUCCCGAUCUAUCCCCCACCUCUCUUCAUCCUCCUCGCUCAUACUGGGGGUUCGUUCUUCUACGACGGACACUUCAUUUAUCACCGCAUCUCCAUCUCAGCGACGCAAAUACCCCUCGGCGCAGAAACCGACCCCGCACACAACCCCACACGACCCUGUCGCAAGGCUGUCCGCCGUCGACGUCAGGCCUUCCUACCUACUCCGAAGCCCAUACCACUGCUCCUACCCGCUUCGCGCAGUGCGUGAGAUAACGUCUGCAAGAUGGCGCGCGUAUAUGCAGAUGUGAACCAGCACAUGCCGAGGGCAUACUGGGACUACGACAGCGUCAACAUCACAUGGGGUGUGCUCGAGAACUACGAGGUUGUGAGGAAGAUCGGACGCGGAAAGUACUCUGAGGUUUUUGAGGGCAUCAAUGUCGCCAACUACCAAAAGUGUGUUAUCAAGGUGCUCAAGCCGGUGAAGAAGAAGAAGAUAAAGAGAGAGAUCAAGAUCCUGCAAAAUCUGUCAGGCGGGCCAAACAUCGUUGGACUGCUGGAUGUUGUCAGGGACAGCCAAAGCAAAACGCCCAGCUUGGUCUUCGAGUACGUUAACAACACCGAUUUCCGCACCCUGUACCGCAAAUUCGUCGACUACGAUGUCCGAUACUACAUCUUCGAGCUGUUAAAGGCACUCGACUACUGCCACAGCAAGGGUAUCAUGCACAGGGAUGUCAAGCCCCACAACGUCAUGAUUGACCACGAGAACCGCAAGCUCCGCCUCAUUGAUUGGGGUCUCGCAGAGUUCUACCACCAAGGCACCGAGUACAACGUCCGCGUCGCAUCGCGCUACUUCAAAGGACCCGAGCUGUUGGUCGACUUCCAGGAAUACGAUUACUCGCUGGACAUGUGGUCAUUAGGCGCCAUGUUCGCGUCCAUGAUCUUCAUCAAAGAGCCCUUCUUCCACGGCAACAGCAAUUCGGACCAGCUUGUUAAGAUCGCCAAGGUGCUCGGCACGGAGGACCUGUUCGACUACCUCGACAAGUACGAGAUCGAGCUGGAUGCGCAGUACGAUGAUAUCCUGGGUCGCUUCCAGAAGAAGAACUGGAACAGCUUCGUCAAUGCUGAGAACCAGAAGUAUGUCACGAAUGAGGCGAUUGACUUCUUGGAUAAGUUACUCAGAUACGAUCAUCAGGAACGCCUGACAGCCAAGGAAGCAAUGGCACACCCCUACUUCGCGCCCGUCCGCGCCGCCGAAGCAGCCGCGCUCGAGGCACCAACUAAAUCAUAAAUCCACACACUUCAAAUAAGUACGGCCUCUCAAAAGCGCCUACACCGUCGGCGCGGGCCCGACCAACUAUAACCCCUAUCCAAGUCGUCUCACCUAGCCCGGCUAUACAUAUAACCCGGGCAGGUAGCAGGCGUGGAAACUGCUGACGACUUGGCAAGUAUUUUUUUCAUGAAAGCAUGCAUAAGGCGCGUUGAACGAUGUGAUGAGGGGGGAUAUGCGAUACAGGUGGGG